UGUGAGAGUUGAAUAAUAAAUGGAUCAGCUAACUCACGGCCGCCCUCUGCCGCCGCCGUUUCACGCCAGAGAUCUUCAGCUCCACCACCACCAAUUCCAGCAGCAGCAGCUCCACCACCACCACCACCACCAGAAUCCCGACGAAGAAUUGCAGAGCGGGAGCAACCGCAGCCAGCUGAAACGAGAUCGAGACGAGAACUACGGGUUAACGUUUCCCGCCGCCGCCGGCGAGAACUCCGACUCCAAGGACCUGGUCGCCGGCUCCAGCGGCGACCACGGUGAAGUCACGCGCCGCCCCCGCGGCCGACCGGCUGGGUCGAAGAACAAGCCGAAGCCGCCCAUCAUAAUCACCCGCGACAGCGCGAACGCGCUCAGAUCCCACGUGAUGGAGGUCGCCAACGGCUGCGACGUCCAGGACAGCAUCUCCACCUUCGCCACGCGCCGCCAGAGGGGCGUCUGCAUCCUCAGCGGCACCGGCACCGUCACCAACGUAACCCUCCGCCAGCCGGCCGCCCCCGGCUCCGUCCUGACCCUACACGGAAGAUUCGAGAUUCUAUCCCUCUCCGGCUCCUUCCUCCCGCCGCCAGCUCCCCCGGCGGCCUCCGGGCUGACAAUAUAUCUGGCCGGCGCGCAAGGGCAGGUCGUCGGAGGAGCCGUAGUAGGCCCGCUUCUAGCUUCCGGGCCAGUAGUAAUAAUGGCCGCAUCGUUCGGUAAUGCAGCGUACGAGCGUCUGCCACUGGAGGACGAAGAAGCAGCGGCGGUCAGCGGCGGCGGGCAGCUGGGAUCGCCGGGAAUAUCCGGCGGCGGGGGGCAGCAACUGAUGCCCGACCCGAACACGAACCCGUUUCAAGGGGCGGCGCAGAAUAUGCUAAAUUCAGUGCAAUUACCAGCUGAUGCUUACUGGGGCGCAGCACGCCCUCCUUUUUAAUUUAUUAUCAAUGGUAUAAUUUCACUACUAGUUCAUGCAUUCAUUAGUUUUCUUCUUCUUCGAUCUUCUUGAUUUAUUUCUGCUAAAAUUAGGGUUUUUACUUUUUUUUUUUUUUUUUUUUUGGAAUUUUGAAUUCAUGGUGUCAUCUGGAUAUAAUAAUCAUAAAAAAAUGGAGAAAUUAAAAGGGAUGUACAAAUUCAUGAAUUUGUUUGUGAUAUGAUUUCAUGAUUUACCAUCAUGAGAUCAAUGUCUUAAUUACUACAUUUAGCUUGUUGUUGUAUGUAGUUCUUGUCUGAAAAAAGCAUCUAUUAUUCAAGAAAUACGAGGUUUUAAUUUAAUA